UCUUCAUUCCCUAUCAUUCAAGACCGACUUAUGUGAAACGGGCCACAUCAAGCAACGCUCUCGGAUUGAAGCAACCUGACGAAAACAACCCUCCGAUUCUAUAAAGUCGACCUUCUCCCUUUUUAUUUGCCAACCCCAUUUACUGCAACGACCUUGAUUUUGUAGCUAGCGAGCGAGCAACCUUUGUGUCCCACGAAACAAAACCCCCCGACGAGAAGCAUUUAGCGCCCGACCGGAGCAGAGCUCCUUACCCCAACCCAACACCGUCCGACAGACGACGUCGGAAAUAGCCUCGUCGUCUAUUUUCCCCGCCUCGCAGGAUCCUCGCGGCGAGGAACAGCAGGCACGAUGUCAUCUUGGUACUCGAGGAUCCUCACCAACACCACGUCGCAGAUCUCGAACCUGCAGAGUCGAUUGUUGCAGAGCGAAAAUGACGGCGAUACCGAAGACGACACCCACGUCUGCAGAGUGCUGAGAGGCUACUACACGGAGAAAGGCCGACCCUUCCCAGGCUGGCUGCCGCCCGACCCAAAGGCACCGCCGCCAGUGACCCCGGUAUACGCCCAACCAGCCCAGCAAGUCGGCUCGCGAUACGGUGGUCUACAGCAGCCACAGCAGCCCGGCCCUGCCACGGGACUGAGCUCGCUCUGGGACAACAACGCGGCAGCGGCGCAGCCCAGGCAAGACGCCAUGAGCCUGCGACAGGGCCGCGGGGCCCCGCCGCCGAUGCGAGGCGGAGAACAGCCCACGCGAUUGAGCCCCUUUGCCCGCGCCGGCGACUCGGGUCGAGAAGAGGUGCAGGCCCGACCUCUGCCCAGCCAGCGAGCGGGCAGCUACCAGCAGAGCGCCGCGUACGGACGAGACGCGACGAGCACGCCGCCGGGCAGCUCAGCGGGCGGUUCGGCACAAGAUCGGCUCAAGCAGCGACUUUGGGGUGGUUCGAGAACAGCAAGCCCAUCUUCUGGCGCAGGAGGCCAAGGACCGUUCCAACCACCAGCAGGCAGAGGAGGAAGCGGCGGCGGCGGCGGCGGCAAUGCUGAUUACGAGGACAGGUUCGCUCCGGGCGGCAUGUACGACGGAGGGAAUGGAGGCGGAGGCGGAGGCGGAGGCAGGCCCUUCAUGGCUUCCAAUUCUCCAUGGUCUAACAACGAGCCUGACUAUGGCGGCGGCGGCGGCGGUGGACGGACGGGAUUGCCUAACGGGCCCAGGCGGCAAGGUCUCCCAAGCGGUCCUCGGAUGCGAUGAGAUGGUGGACGACUUGUCGUCGGACGGGUGCGGAAGCAGAGCUGAGGCACACACAUACACAUACACACAAUACACCGACUAAUGACUGCUCAUUCGGAACUAUUAAACGUGCAUGGUGGAUUACGUGAUGUCUUUGGCUGGAUAAAAUGACAGGUCGUAUAGAGGCUCUUGAUUUUCCAUCGUCAGGAAGUGCCUCUACUAGUUAUCAUCCCUUCCGUUUGUUGCUUUGCCUUAUUCUCUUAUUCUCCUCUUCUUCUUCUUUGUAUUUAUUUAUUCAACAUCUUUUUGUGUUACAAAACUCCACAACGCACGGCGCAAGUACUAUGUAGUGUAUGUGUGUAUUGGUUGUUGUUGUUGAGCAAGGCUCCGUUUGGGCAUCAACACGAGGCCGAAUGUCGAGUCU